AUGUCUGAUAACGCUGCAGCUGCUAACCUCAAUGCAAAAGACUCAACAGGGCCAACAACCCCACGAAAGGGGCCUCCGAAAUUCAAGCAAAGGCAAACAAGACAAUUCAAGAGCAAGCCCCCUAAGAAAGGAGUAAAAGGUUUUGGAGAUGAUAUCCCAGGAAUGGAAGGACUUGGAACAGAUAUCACUGUGAUCUGCCCCUGGGAAGCUUUCAGCCACCUGGAACUUCAUGAAUUGGCACAGUUUGGAAUAAUAUAAUCAAUCAGAAU